AUGCGUGUCUUGGCUGAAUACGGCAAUUGUGAUGAACUGCGGCAGACCUCCUCCCAGCCCCUCGGGGACCAUCACGGCCGCGUACGGCCAGCCUCAGAGCCACUCCAUCCGGUCUACGAGAUGAAGUUCCCGGACCUAUUCCUUUUUCUGUUUCAAUGCAUCAUCACAGAUGCUGCAGGAAAAUGUGGUCCUCCACCUCCUGUUAAAAAUGGAGACUUUCUGGGCCUGGCAACUUCGGAAUAUAUGCCAGGGGCACGUGUACGGUAUAAGUGCCAAGCUCUCUACAAUAUGCAAGGAGAUGAAUAUGUACGAUGUGUCAACGGGCAUUGGACAGAUACACCAACAUGCAUAGCUCCUUGUACAGCAACUGAAGAAGAUAUGAAUCAAAACAAUAUACAGCUGAAGUGGAAAUACGCUAAUAAAAUCUAUUCCGCAUCUGGAGACGUGACAGAGUUUGACUGCAAAAGGGGCUUUCAGAAAGAUCCAUCCUCGCCUCCCUUCAGAGCCCAAUGUAGAGAGGGCAAGUUGGACUACCCAAGAUGUAUACCUGUAGGUACAUUGCAGUUAAAGCAUAAUUACAGAAAAUUCAACACACAUAGCUGUGAUUUUUGUUAAGCUAUAGAAAGCAAUGUGCAUUACAAAAUAAAUGUCUUUGAAAUUUU